UAAAACCAAAUCCAAUCAUCAGCUGACAUUGUCUGUCUUUUUUUUAACAGUUUUAUAGAAGAAGAUUCUGGUAAAAGGGUGUUUUUAGAUGUUUCAAGGGAAAAUCGUUACGUAAUAAAACAAAGACGCAAAACCCACUAUCCAAAGGUCAAAGUGAAAGCUUUGUAUUAACAUCACAAUCACAAUACAGCUUAACUUAUUAAAUUGGCAAAGUUACAAUUUGCACAAUCAUGUUAAAUCGCGUAGCAAAGAUUAGUUAUGCUCUACAAUCUGGCGUGCAUAAUCUCAGUGAACCUUCAGACUCAAUAGUCAGUCAUAAUCUCAGAGGUCCUAGUCAACUGUUGUGUACAUCAUUAGUUAAAAAGUUCCUAUAGUAAUUAAUUCUUGUGCCAAAGAAUUUUUAUUGCAAAUAUAAACGGGGUGAAGUUAAAGUACAAAAAUGGUGAUUUUUUCAAGAUUUGCUGCCUUUGUCAACAGACAUCCUGUUUUUCGAGGAAUGAUAUCAUAUGGUACACUCUGGCCAACAUCUUGCCUUAUUCAACAAACGAUGGCAGGAAAGACAAUAGAAAAUUAUGACUGGGUGCAGGCUUUGAGAUUCAGCCUUUAUGGGGGCCUCUUUACAGCUCCCACACUUUAUGCCUGGAUAAGAGUUUCAUCGAAACUUUGGCCUGUUACAUCUUUAAAAACAUCUAUUACUAAGGCCCUAGUGGAACAAUUGACAUAUGGUCCAGCAGCCCUAAUUUGUUUCUUUUAUGGAAUGAGCUUACUGGAAGGAAAAUCUAUAGAAGAGGCCAAAAAACAAACCGAAACUAAAUUCUACCCAACAUGGAAGGUAGGUGUGUGUUUUUGGCCAAUUCUUCAAACCAUCAACUUCCACUACAUCCCAGAGCACAAUAGAGUGCCUUUUGUGAGCGCUUGCAGUCUUGUGUGGUGCUGUUUCUUGGCUUACAUGCAGGAAAUGUCGCUAAAAAGAGCACACCAUAUGAAGAUCAGCGAACAAUUACUCGGUAGUUCAUCUUAAAAAUAACUAAACUACUAGGUUUCAUUUAUUUAUUUGUAUGUUAUUAAGUAGGUAAUUUUUUUUAAUUGUUGUUGGUAAUUUAUAUUUGUGUGCAUAAACUAAUUAGGAUUUGAAUUGGAGCUUAUUCCAACUAUUAUGGGUAAAAAACAUCUGUUCAAAAUCUCAGUUAGUAGAUUAGGAUUAAUAACUGUCGGCACGUGCAGAGAAUGUGAAUAAUGUAAUAUUUCCUGCCAAAGUUUACGAAACGUGUAAGUACAACAUAAAAAAAACUUCAAUAUUCUGAUAGAUGUCGCCUAAUUUUCAUUUUAUUUUUGGUAAUGACUCAAAAACAAUUUUAAAACUUUGUUCAGUGUUUUGGCCGACUUUCAAAAAUAUUUUUAAUUUAUUACGCCAAACAAAAAUAUUGGCAACUAUUUUGGUACUAAUAUCAAGUGCUGAAUCUCCUGUUUUUAUUGAUUACAUAUAUAGGGUGGGCUUAAAAAAUUGAGCUGUAACUUUUUGUUGUUGAGCAAUUUCCUCUUGUUUUGGCUUGUUUAAAGAGAACUUAACAGGCUAAUGAAUCAAAGUGAAACUCUCAAAAUUUGGGAAAAUUCAAAAUGGCGGACUUCUUCAAAAAUUACCUAGUUUUGGAUAUGAAAAAUUGAUAUUCGAUAUUACGAGAAUUUCAAUAUUUCACUUAGUUUUCAACCCCUGUCAAGGUCUUAAAAUGUUCGCCAAGUGACGAACUUCAAGAAAUUAUUAGAAAAAGUUAUACAGGGGGUCACAAAAAAGUUCCAGCGCUAUCCAAAACUAGGUAAUUUAUGAAGAAGUCCGCCAUUUUGAAUUUUUCUCAAAUGUCAAAAAUUUCACUUUGAAUGGUUAGCCUGUUUAUUUCUCUUUUAAACAAACUAAACAAAAGGAAAUUGCCCAACAAUAAAAAAAGUUACUGCUCAAAAACAAAAUUCUGGUUUUUUUAAGCCCACCCUCUAUAUUCAAAUGGCAAUAUUUAUUGAAAUUACAAAGACAAAUUUAAGUAUUUUUAUUACAUCAAUCAAUUUUUUGUAAUGCCAACAAUUUAAGUCACUUUCUUUGUUGAAGAUUUAUUGCUCAUAGCAAAGCCCUGUGUUAAUGAUGAAAAACUCUUAAAUUUUUCAAAACAAUAACUUGUAUCUUUUGUUUUAAUUUGUGACAAAAAUAAAAAUAAAAUUAUUGACAAACAUGUUUUUUAUGCACUUGAAGUGAUAUAAAUCCUAAUAUUUAUGCAAAACUAUUGUUUAUUCACUGAACAAAAAAUUUUCUAAUGAUAUAGCAGUAGUCAAAUUUGACUUUAUGUUAUAGUUAGCUAGUCGUUUACCUGCAGGCAGGUAAUGAUUAGAAUACAGGGUCUAUUUUAUUUAUUUAUUUAUUAUUAUUAGAAGAAUUUUUUUCCCUAGAACCAAAAUGUGAUGGAAUAUUUGAAAGUAAUUAAAAAUACAUAUUGUUGAUCAAGUUUUGGAAUGCCAUUUUUAUUUUAUAUACAUACUUAUCCCAACAAAUUUGACAAAAUAAAACAAAAUUUUAAUUAU